AUGUUUAGGUAAAUCUCUUUUGUCAUUAUUGUUAUUUCAUACUAUCAUUCUGGCGUUUGAUUGGGACCUUUAAAGGACUUCUGCUUGACUUCUUGUAUCUUAUUCUUCAAUUUUUACGACUAUCUGUUACUUCGAUUGCUUUGUUCGUUUAGAUUACACUUAUUUUGAACCGAAUGUUUAUUAGAAAGUCUUCAUAAAGUAGACCCCGAGAUUAUACUGGAUAUGUUGUUGUUUGGCUGACUUCUUGUUUACUGUUUCAAUCUUGAGAUAUUUCCUCAUUUUCUUGAUUUGGGGUUCUCUAAAAAUCUCCUAUUUUAUUCAUCCUGUUGAAAUAUAAUAUAGUCUUUAUGUGAUCCUCCAAAUAUAAUGAUUUUGAUUGCAGAAAAGGUUAUCUUUUUUGGCUUACAGAUAGAGUUCUGCAAAACAAUCAACAUAUUAUUAAUUGUCUUAUAUGUGUAUUGGUUUAUGUGUAUUUCAUUUUCAAUAUUCACUAAAUGUUAGUAAUUUGUUAUGAAGGUCACACUAUUCCAAAUAUGGUCAUUUAAGCCUUUUGUUCUUUUUUGGCAUGUGAGGUAAAGAAUGAUUGUUUUUCGGUUGAUAUAUGCAAAAAGGAGGAAACGGGUGUUUUCUGGUGUUUGUGAACUUGUAAUAUGGGUGGAUGUGUGUCGAGUCCGUCUAAGAAGAUUAAGUUAAAAGGAAAGUACAUUCCCAAGACUCGUAGGUUUCGAAGAAAGGCACCAUGUUCUGUUUCUGUUGCACCGAUAGAGCAACUUACUGAUGCGGGAGAGUAUGCAAGAGAUGUUGAUGUUUGUGAGUUUGUCACAGUAGACUACGAGAGCAGGACGUCGAGUCCUGCAUUUCAUCAUUCCCUAAAUUAUCAUCAAGUUGAUGUAGCCGGAUUAAGCCAAGAGGAAGCAUGGUUUGAUACUUGCAGUGUCCUCGACUCAGAUUCAGACGAAGACUUCACUAGUGUUCUUGGAGAAAUUUGCCCUUCACUCGUCGUUGCUGCUGGGAGUGCAUUAGAUCAUCAAAGCCAAAUUGAAAGCAACUUGCGCUUUUAUGAUACUAUCAACAACAAUGAUAUACCAUGUGUAGAUGGAAGUUUUACUAAGAGGAGAAAUGUUGCGGAGGAUCUAAGUUUGACAUCUCAACGAAAGAAGUUAUCAGUUGUAACACUUGCUGAUAGUAAGAUACUGCAUAAUCAAGACACGACGACUGAGUUUUGUCCUUCAAGAAGAUUAUUUUAUCAUCCAAAAGCAGGAUUUCUUAUUCCACAUUCCAGUAAUGUGAAAUCGACUCAAGGAUGUUGGAGUCCGGUUUCUCCUUCCAUAUUUAAGCUUCGAGGCACGAAUUACUUCAGAGAUAAAAGGAAAUUUCCUGCCGCGAAUUGUUGCCCUUAUGUACCUAUUGGUGUUGAUUUAUUUGUUUCUCCACGGAAGAUAUCUCACAUAGCGCGGUAUCUUGACCUUCCCUAUGUAGAGCCACAUGAAAAAGUUCCAUCAUUGCUUGUCGUCAAUAUACAGCUGCCUAGUUACCCUACUUCGAUGUUCCUUGGGGAAAACGAUGGAGAGGGGAUGAGCCUUGUACUAUAUUUCAAAGUAUCAGAAAAUUUUGAAAAGGAGGUUUCUCCACAAUUUCAAGACAGUAUAAAGAGACUUGUAAAGGAUGAAAUGGAAACCGUAAAGGGUUUUGCAAAGGAAUCAACAGUUCCUUUCAGAGAAAGACUCAAAAUUAUGGUUGGUGUAGCCAAUCCUGAAGACCUUCAUUUAAACCCCGCGGAGAAAAAGCUUUUACAUGCAUAUAAUGAAAAACCAGUGCUUUCACGUCCUCAACAUGCGUUCUAUGAGGGAGACAGCUACUUCGAAAUAGACUUGGAUGUUCAUCGUUUCAGUUACAUUUCCAGGAAAGGAUUUGAUGCAUUCCGAGAACGGUUGAAACAUGGAAUUCUUGAUCUUGGAUUGACAAUUCAGGCACAGAAGCAAGAGGAGCUGCCAGAGAGAGUUUUGUGCUGUAUUCAAUUGAACAAAAUUGAUUUUGUGAAUUGUGGCCAAAUACCUCAACUUAUUAUUCCUAUUGAUAAUAAUUGAGAGAGCUAGGGAAAUAAUUGUAAAUAUUUUUGCAACAAGAAAAAAAAAACUAAAUUCUGAAAUGUAACAAUUACAUCAAUUUUUAUUUGUA